AUGAACUCAUACACUUCGAGUUCAGUAAGCGCAGGCCAUGAAGAUGUCGUUCGAGAGCUAGUGGGUGCCGGGGCUGAAGUAAACAGAAAGAACGACAAGGGAAUUACUCCUCUGUUAACGUAUGUGAAUCCAUCGAGAAUACUUUGCAACCAUAAAAUGAGUGACGACCAGAUAAACGCCAAAGAUAAGGCGAACCAGACGCCCUUGCAUCGAGCAGCAACGACAGGCUCUACGGGAUUCGUUGCACUCCUGCUCAGUCCUCCUGAAGGCUCAACAACUGCCAAACUACGGCUGAACACGGGCGACCGGAUAGGCAAUACACCCCUUCAUCUCGCUAUGGAGUCGGCUCAUGCCCAGGUUGCGGUUAUGUUAAUCGAGGCAGGUGCUGACCGUGGGAGGACUAAUUUAGAUGAAGUAACCCCUGAGAACGUUGAUGGUGUCGGAGGCACCGAGCAGAGAAGAGCGAAGCAACAUGUAAUCGAUCACUGCGGCGAGCCCUGA